UUACAUUUCACAGUGAGCAGACGCCACGAUGCAACGGAAUCGAAUAGAAAGGUCAGCUUCAAAACGAUGGCGUGGCUCAGUGCGAAGAGUUAUAGCGUCUUCAGUGUAUAAUCUAUCAUGCUUCACGCAUGGCUGCAGCACAGGCUGGGUGUCUGGGGUUCUGGGAAACGAGGCCCUGACAGGCGGUGCCUGGCUUGCAGCUCUACCCUGCCUGGUGGCUCUGCCUGCCGCACCGAUGUUCGCAGUACUAGCUGAUGUUAAGGGAAGAAAGGCUGGCGCGUUUUGUAUAGGACUUAGUUUUAUUUUCAGCUGGUCUCUAGCAGCAUGGUGUGGGGCCAGAGGUGUAUGGGCGGCUAGGGUCGCAGCUGGGGCGGGCGGCGCAGGUGCGUUGGCACUCGCCCCACUUUACUGCGCUGAAAUUGCUCCCAGAACUAGAGGGCUUGCAGCUAUGCCAGCUUUGGCGUGCAGUUGCGGCAUUCUCUUCGCCUAUUCUGCGGGCGGUCUUCUUUCUGCGCACGCGCUGUCUUUGUCAAUGGCUAUUGCACCCACACUUCUGCUCAUAUCUUUACUAUGGCUGCCUGAAACACCUUCCUUUCUUAUUAAUGUUGGGAAAAUACAGGAAGCAGCCAAGGUGAUGUGCUGGUUUGACGGAUCAGACUUCAGAGAAGAUUUGACAGAUGUCAUUGAGCAGCAGGAAGUAAGGAUACGAACUUCAGAUUAUGGACGACGGGAAAUGUCAUACGACUCUGAGACUUCUCAACCAAUGUUGAAGAGGAGUCAGGAGUCUGAUAAGGGAAAUGAGAAGGAGAAGUCAGCUUGUAAGGAGUUGUUCUCACAUCGUCGCUCGCGUCGUGCACUUAUUUCAUGCUUCGUGGUCAUCGGCGCGGCUGCGGGCACCGGCGCAGGCGCCUUCAACAGUUUCGCGGCUGCUGUGUUACGACAUUCAGCUCAUGAAAUACCAGUACUUAAUACAACUGCUUAUAACUUCUCCAUUUAUAAUGGAACAUUGCCACGAAAUCUGUUCGAGUCAUCUGAAGCUGGGUCAAUGUUGUGCGGCACAGCGUUGGUACUAGGCGCAGCCGUUGCCACGGUGACUGUUGAUAAAGUUGGACGAAAGACUCUCCUCUUAUGGUCGUGUUCCGGCAUCGCUUUCUGCUUAGCCGUUUUAGGAGUGUACUGUGAUCCACAUUUACAAAUGCACACGUUCUAUAAACAUCGAUUCCUAACCAAAAAGAUCACCAGAGAUAAAAGUAUCAGAGACAAGAUAGAAUUGCCAGAAAAUUUGACAAUUUACAACGAUUCACUCAAAUAUGGGAACGACACAAAAGCGUGGUACAGAGUAGCAGAGAACUAUAAUGAGACAGAGGAGCAAUGGUCUGUCAAAUUUGAACAAACCAUAGAGAAGGAUGACAUAUCAAUAUGGCUGCCGGUUGUCAUGUUGUCUUUGGUACUGUUUUUAUAUAAUAUAGGCCUUGGAUCAGUGCCUUAUGUGUUGAUAUCGGAGUUGUUUUAUGUAAAUGUUCGAAGCUUAGCGUCCAGCUUCCUCAUAACUUGGAUGUGGCUCAGCAAUUUCUUCGUGCUACGAUAUUACGGGACUAUAGCCUUCUCUAUUGGCCUCCACGCCACAUACUAUAUCUGCUCCUCUAUCACUCUUAUAGGGGCUGGAUAUAUCUAUUUCACUCUCCCUGAGACGAAGGGCAAAUCUCAGAGUCAAAUCGACGCCUCACUCGACGGACCCUGGCUUUUGACGUUUGAGAGAAAGAAUCAACGAUGACAGCCGGAAGUGUUUACCAUAGAGCCGAGUGAGUGAACUAAAUGUGAAGUAUCUAGUCGAUAACUGAAUCAAGAAUGAACUUUUACAAAGUUUUUAUUUUUGGAUUGAAUGAUCAUUAUAGAAAUUCUAAAUGGCCAACUGUGAACUGUGUUGUCAAGUGUUAUGCUAUCAUUUGGAGGAUCAAACGGAAACUCCGAAAUUAAAUUUUAUUAAAAGGAAUUUAAAAUAGCAAUUAUUGCGCCGCGUGUGAAAUACAACUGAAUUGGCUUAUUCUAAAGGCGCGAGGAUGCUCAAUAAAAAUUAAUUACUUGUGUUGGUAGCAUCACUGCAACAUUUGACAUACAUUCUGUUCCAAAGAGUAUUGUAUUGAGUAUUGUAUUCUAAAGAGGUCCUAGAAAAAAGGUUUUAUGCUUACGUAACCUACAAUCCAGAAUGAUUUGCUCUUAAUCACGUGACUCAAUAAACUCGGUAUUUCACGCCUUCCGUGAAUAGCUUUUGUCCCAAGGCUCCUUGUUGUUAGGCAAAAGAGAAAAGAAAGAAGUGUUGUAAUGGCGCGCUAUUUAAUAAAUUAUAUUUUUACUAUUGAUAUUGUAAAAAGAAAACAAAUGAGAAUCGCCAAAACUUUUGUUGGCUUCGACAAACAAGUCGUUUUAAUUAGAUAUUUUCAGAAAGAAAAUAAAACACCAAUACCCUGAUAUCACGUAGCUCUUAAUAUAUAGAUUUUAUAGAUGUAGAAAGGAUCUUUCGGAAUAGUUCAACAUUUCUGACAAUCUAGUCAAUAAUUUGUGUCGCUGUGUGUAUACUGUAUAAUCUCUUGUGGCAAUUUGUGUUAGGUGUAUUUACGAACUAAGUGUAUACUGUACAUCAUUGUAAAUUUAAUGCUUGUUAAGGUACAGUCAAUUAUAGUGUCAAAUGUCAAUUGUGUACCUAUUCAAAACAUUGUUGUUUCGGAUACUAAACUCUCUUAUUUCUAAAAAAAUAUUUUUGUAAUUUUCAAGUCGCUUUAUCCUCGAAUAUUUAUAAUAAGACCAGCGUAUUUUUCUUUGACC